AUGAGUGUAACUAGCCAAGACCAGGAAUGCCAAAAUGGUGGUGAAACAAGGAGCCAGUUCUCAUCAGCUAUGUGGGCAUUGCUGGACUCAAUACCUUCAACACCAGCAUCUGCCUGUGAGGGUCCACUUAAUAGGACCUUUGUUCGUAUGUCUAGCUUGAGCCGCAUCAGGUUCCAAGGGACGUCAGUGACUGCUAGCAAAGUUACCGUAACAAAGAAGGGUAACGGAAACAGAGGUUUUCUCCUCUUAUCAGUUAUGGGUGCUAUGUGUGCCAUCUUCUGGGUGUUCAUCAUAGCUACAGUUGGAGACCAAGGGAGACAUCGUAACCUAAACAUAAGCUAG